AUGGCACAGGAAUCCUGCGUUAAAAACCAUGGAGGUCAGCUGGCCAGUAUACACAGUCAGGAGGAGAAUGACUUUCUGUCUUCAUGGAUAGAACAGUGUGGUGGUAGUAAGGUCUGGAUUGGCCUUGAAGACCCAUAUGAUGACAAGAGCAAGCUAAAGUGGAUUGAUGGAUCAACGUUUGACUACUCAAUUGGAUCAAAUUCUAUCAAAAUGGAUCCCGGUCAACACUGCUUGCGGUUCAGAAAAUCAAAUUCGAACCCUCUUCAAUGGCUAUGGGCAGAUAAAUACUGUAACAGGGAAUACACCUACAUAUGCAAAGAUACCAACGAAUGUACAAUUGGAAAAUGCGACCCCAACGCUAAGUGUACCAACACACCUGGGUCCUUCACCUGUCAGUGUAAAGCUGGUUAUACGGGAGAUGGCACAAGUGGCAAUUGCAAUGAUAUAAAUGAAUGUGCAAUUGGGACCAGCAACUGUGACACUAACGCUAAGUGUACCAACACACCUGGGUCCUUCACCUGUCAGUGUAAAGAUGGUUACACAGAAGUUGGCACAAGUGGCAAUUGCAAUGAUAUAAAUGAAUGUGUAGUUGGGACCAGCAACUGUGACACUAACGCUAAAUGUACCAACACACCUGGGUCCUUCACCUGUCAGUGUAAAGAUGGUUACACAGAAGUUGGCACAAGUGGCAAUUGCAAUGAUAUAAAUGAAUGUGUAGUUGGGACCAGCAACUGUGACACUAAUGCUAAGUGUACCAACACACCCGGAUCCUACACCUGUCAGUGUAAAGCUGGUUAUACGGGAGAUGGCACAAGUGGCAAUUGCAAUGAUAUAAAUGAAUGUGCAAUUGGGACCAGCAACUGUGACACUAACGCUAAGUGUACCAACACACCUGGGUCCUACACCUGUCAGUGUAAAGAUGGUUACACAGGAGUUGGCACAAGUGGCAAUUGCAAUGAUAUAAAUGAAUGUGUAGUUGGGACCAGCAACUGUGACACUAAUGCUAAGUGUACCAACACACCCGGAUCCUACACCUGUCAGUGUAAAGCUGGUUAUACGGGAGAUGGCACAAGUGGCAAUUGCAAUGAUAUAAAUGAAUGUGUAGUUGGGACCAGCAACUGUAACACUAAUGCUAAGUGUACCAACACACCUGGGUCCUACACCUGUCAGUGUAAAGCUGGUUAUACGGGAGGUGGCACAAGUGGCAAUUGCAAUGAUAUAAAUGAAUGUGUAGUUGGUACCAGCAACUGUGACACUAACGCUAAAUGUACCAACACACCUGGGUCCUUCACCUGUCAGUGUAAAGCUGGUUAUAGGGGAGAUGGCACAAGUGGCAAUUGCAAUGAUAUAAAUGAAUGUGCAAUUGGGACCAGCAACUGUGACACUAACGUUAAGUGUACCAACACACCUGGGUCCUUCACCUGUCAGUGUAAAGAUGGUUACACAGAAGUUGGCACAAGUGGCAAUUGCAAUGAUAUAAAUGAAUGUGUAGUUGGGACCAGCAACUGUGACACUAACACUAAAUGUACCAACACACCUGGGUCCUUCACCUGUCAGUGUAAAGCUGGUUAUACGGGAGAUGGCACAAGUGGCAAUUGCAAUGAUAUAAAUGAAUGUGCAAUUGGGACCAGCAACUGUGACACUAAUGCUAAGUGUACCAACACACUUUGGUCCUACACCUGUCAGUGUAAAGAUGGUUACACAGGAGUUGGCACAAGUGGCAAUUGCAAUGAUAUAAAUGAAUGUGUAGUUGGGACCAGCAACUGUGACACUAAUGCUAAGUGUACCAACACACCCAGAUCCUACACCUGUCAGUGUAAAGCUGGUUAUACGGGAGAUGGCACAAGUGGCAAUUGCAAUGAUAUAAAUGAAUGUGUAGUUGGGACCAGCAACUGUAACACUAAUGCUAAGUGUACCAACACACCUGGGUCCUACACCUGUCAGUGUAAAGCUGGUUAUACAGGAGAUGGCACAAAUGGCAAUUGCAAUGAUAUAAAUGAAUGUGCAAUUGGGACCAGCAACUGUGACACUAAUGCUAAGUGUACCAACACACUUGGGUCCUACACCUGUCAGUGUAAAGAUGGUUACACAGGAGUUGGCACAAGUGGCAAUUGCAAUGAUAUAAAUGAAUGUGUAGUUGGGACCAGCAACUGUGACACUAAUGCUAAGUGUACCAACACACCCGGAUCCUACACCUGUCAGUGUAAAGCUGGUUAUACGGGAGAUGGCACAAGUGGCAAUUGCAAUGAUAUAAAUGAAUGUGUAGUUGGGACCAGCAACUGUAACACUAACGCUAAGUGUACCAACACACCUGGGUCCUACACCUGUCAGUGUAAAGCUGGUUAUACAGGAGAUGGCACAAGUGGCAAUUGCAAUGAUAUAAAUGAAUGUGUAGUUGGGACCAGCAACUGUGACACUAAUGCUAAGUGUACCAACACACCUGGGUCCUACACCUGUCAGUGUAAAGAUGGUUAUACGGGAGAUGGCACAAGUGGCAAUUGCAAUGAUAUAAAUGAAUGUGUAGUUGGGACCAGCAACUGUGACACUAACGCUAAGUGUACCAACACACCUGGGUCCUUCACCUGUCAGUGUAAAGAUGGUUAUACGGGAGAGGGCACAAGUGGCAAUUGCAAUGAUAUAAAUGAAUGCGCAAUUGGGACCAGCAACUGUGACACUAAUGCUAAGUGUACCAACACACCCGGGUCCUUCACCUGUCGAUGUAAAGCUGGUUACAUUUGGGACAGAACAAGUGGAAUGUGUCAAGCAUAG